AAAUGGCCAAUUCAAAUGAAAAAUGAAAUAAGUUCAAAUCAUGGCAAUUUUUAGGCCGUCAUGAAGUGAAAAUAUGACACAGAAUGGAAGCAGAAGAAGGUCUUAUCGAUAAGGUUUUGUCAAAAGUUAAAAAUGACCCAUGUUCGGCGGAUUUUCAGAUCAGUUUGUUUAUGUCAGCGUUGCAGAAUUAUCGCCACGACAGCCUACUGCGUCCAUUCCCUUCAAGUUAUCUACACGAGAAUGGCGAGAAAAACACUGAUUCCCUGAAAGAUGUGGCCAAUAGGAUACCAAGAGUUAGCAAAUUAAGGAAAAGCAAACAGCAAAUUUCCAAUGAUGUGUGGAAUUUGAUUGAUUGGAUAACAGAGUUAAAAAAUAAGAAGAUUGUACAAUCACCAACAGCAAGUAAGUUUAAUGAAAUAACAAAGAAGACUGAGAAUUCAAAAAAUUACCACACACCCUCACAUAUUUUUGAAAUAAAAUAUGAUGAUGCAUCGAAUGCUAAAUUUGAUGAACUUCGUCAAGAAAUGGACAUAUUGUAUGGUUACCAUGGCAGUCGGGUUGAAAACUUUUAUUCAAUUUUACAUAAUGGACUACAUGCCCAUUUAAACAAGACCUCUCUCUUUGGCGAAGGGACCUAUCUGUCCAGUGAUCUAAAUGUUAGCAUUCUAUACAGCAAAUUUGGGGAAGGCUGGAAGCAUAGUAGACUUGGAAAUAAUUUGAGUUGUAUAGCUGUCUGCGAAAUCAUUGACCAUCCAGAUGUGAAGAGAUCAGUGCAAGGACCAGGCAGGCAAUCCAGGUCCCGUGCCCAGAACAGCGAAGGAGGGGAUGUGCCUGAGAAGUAUUUUGUUGUCACAAAUAAUCAGUUUGUAAGAGUCAAGUAUAUUUUGGUCUAUACUUCUAGUGGCUAUAGAAAGUAUUUCUACCAAUCUCUCUGGGUAUUCCGACAUCCUCUUGCUUCCUUGGUGAUCAUCUACGUCUUCUGUCUACUUCUUCUGGGCAUAUCACGAACUAAUGGCUUUCAACAGUUCUACAAGAGGCUCUGGCGGACGUAGUAUAUAAUAUAUAUUUUUAAUACUGAUCGCUUAAUUUUUGAAUAAAAUGUAAAAAUGAUACAGAAAUCAUAACAUAUAUCAAAAUUUGAAAUUUCUGAGAAUUGUCAAUCAUCCAGUUCCUCUUUGAGAUCAGCUGGUAAUUC